AUGUAUCCAUCUUUAGAGGAGGAUUAUUGUUUGGUUUGUCCAAUAUACAAAGGGAUUUCUUCCUUUGUUGGAAAAUACUAGUAAAAUUGUAUAAAUCCUACUAAAAAUCAGAAAAAAAGUUAGAACUAGUUUUUUGCAAUCAAGACCGUGGAAAAUAGUCAUGAUUAAGACUCAUAAAAAGAAAUUGAAUAUUUGAGAGAGCUACUAGAACAACCAUACAUAACUUAACUUAUAAAAGUUUAUGAGUCUAAGAAUAGUUAUCACCUAGUCUACAAUUAUGAAGAAAAUGGCACAUUACUUCAAUAUAUAAAUUAGAAUUAAGUACUUUAAGAAAUCCAGAUCAAAAUACUCAUGAAAUAGUUGCUUUAAGGUUUAAACGUUAUUCACAAAUUUGAUCUAUUGCACAGAGAUUUAAAACUAUAAAACAUCAUCGUUGAAGACCCAUAAUUUCUCAAAGUAAGAAUUAUCGAUUUCGGAAUGGCUUGUAAAAAUAGUGAUAAACAAAGGAUCAAAUAAAGAUGUGGGACUCUUGGAUAUGUAGCUCCCGAAAUACUAAAUUCAGGUUAUACAACUUAAAAAUCAGACAUUUUUAGUCUUGGAUGCUUGUUUUAUAAUAUGGUUACGAAGAAAAGUAUAUUUUCUGGUUCUAAUACAGUCUAGAUUGCUAAAUCUAAUCAACAAGAUAAUCCUCUUUUAAGAUUGUGA